GUAUAUAAACCCCGUAUAUCGCCAUUUCAAUAGCAGUUCAUCGCUAAAUAGUUGGGGACUAUUAAUCGCAAAUCAAAGUCUAUUAUCGUGGAAAAGGAAGCUACCCGAGUCGAAACAUGAAGCUAGCACUUUUGCUUUUAUUCACAUGCGUCGUUGCCACGAAGGAAUUAGAAGGUUUGAUAGAAAAUGUGGCGCAGUCUUUAAAUAUGUCGAAGGAUGAAGUGCGGGGAUGCUUUAUCGAGAAAAACAUUACACUAGAGGAUUUGAUGAAAUUUGAUAUGUUGAGGGUAGACAAUUUACAAGCAACAGAUGCCCAAGAUAUAAAUUCAAAAAUCGGCUGUCUGUUAGCCUGCUUAGGCGAGAAGAAAGAAAUGAUGACAGGUGCGCGUUUAAAUUUAAACAAGAUGAAAGAGUGGGUACAGGAGCGCUUACAGGCCAUUGAGACCAAACAUAAUCCUGAGAAACUCGCCAGAUUCGAACAACAUAUAGAUUCAUGCGCCAAUCAGGUUGAAACCAUAACUAACAAGUGCGAAGUGGCUCUCACAUUCCUACGCUGCGUGACUGAAUGAAGUGCACGUUUCUACGAGAUACAAUAACAAUGAAUAUAAAUUAAUUAUAAUGACAAUGAAAAUUAAUGAUAUGGUAAUAAAUAAAGUAUGUAAAGCACAAUA